CACACUUGAGCUGUAAAACUUGUAGUUUUCCUGCUAACUUUUCAGUCGCCUGGAUGAACAGCAGCAGCAGCAUGUUGGUGUUUCGCUCCUGGAUCCUGUGCGCCGCCUGGUUCUCCUGCCUCUUCAGCUCAGCCUCCAGCAGACAUGGCAGAGAUCAUGGAGGGAACCCUGACCCAAUAAUCUUCAACGAGCUCUGCGCCCUGAAAGAUGAGUCUGGGCCGUGCAAGGCUCUCAAGCAAAGAUACUUUUUCGAUGUCAACUCAGGAGGCUGUGAGCUCUUUGAGUACGGAGGCUGUCAAGGGAACGCCAACAACUUCGAGACGUUGGAAGAAUGCGAAGAGGCUUGCGUCGUCUCAAAGGACAAGAACCCAUGUCAUUUACCGCAGGCUGUGGGUCCCUGCCGAGGUCUGGUCAAACGCUUCUUCUUUGAUACUGCGACCCAACAGUGCAAGCAGUUCUAUUACGGCGGCUGCUUUGGCAACGCCAACAACUUCAGGAGCAUGACCGAAUGCCAGAGGAGAUGUGAGAACCCAGAUGCUCCUACAGUUUCUACAGAAACCCCUGUGAUCACUGUGAGGAAACCCAUCAUGGUCCAGCCAGACAUUGUAAAAGAAGUACGGAUUCUGAGUGAACCUCAAGUCCAGCUAAAUGUCUCUACUGAACCACAGAAUGAAGUACGGAUUCUGAGUGAACCUCAAGUCCAGCUAAAUGUCUCUACUGAACCACAGAAUGAAGUACGGAUUCUGAAUGAACCUCAAGUCCAGCUAAAUGUCUCUACUCAACCACAGAAUGACUUUAGCACUUCGGACAUCUGCUUCAGUCCCAUCGACACAGGAACAUGCAGCCUCGCUCUCAAGAGAUAUGCAUAUAACCCAGAAACCAAGAGAUGCCAGAUGUUUGUCUACAGCGGCUGUGGAGGAAACCACAACAACUUCCAUAGCCGUAAACACUGCUACCACAAGUGCAUCAGGGGCAAAAAGGGUCGCAGGAGUUGGAUGAUCCCAAUAAGGAAGAAAAAUAUCAACAGAGUUCUGAACCGCUCGAUCUGAACACUCAGCCCUGUGGAGCUCCAGUAGCCAAGAGGAAUUUGUAUUUAUCUCUGUAUUAUAGUUUUUGUGGCCAUUUUGAAAUGGUCACAGCAUUCAAGUCUUCAUCACGUGGUUUCUGCUAAAAGUCUCCUACUAAAAAGGAUCGAUUUCAAUCACACAUAUUGAAAUGUUAAUUUUAAUACCUUUUUUUCCCUUUGAUUUUUUGCUGUUUUUCUCCCAAAAUGUAUUGAUUAAUUGGACUCCACUGGACAAUACUGUGCAAAACUCUCGAGCUACACCUUAUGUCCUCCUUCCAAAGCAGCCAGGCUUUGCUAUAAUCAUUAAUCAUCUUCAUCAAAUUCUAAGAAGGGUUCCUGAAGGUCUUCUGUUGCUUUGGCUGCAUUUUUUAUUCAGUCUUAUAUCAUCCUACCAGUAUCCUGUCACUUUAAUUCAACCAAUCUAAUACAGAAAUAAUAACAGUGAUCCUGGUGGGAGUUUGCUCGCUUGUAUAAGGACUGGACUAGAACAGAGUAAAAAGGCACAAAGAAAGGUUUGAAUGAGCCUAAAGACCUCUAACAGAUCAGAGGAGAAUCUGUCUAUUUAGGAGGAAAAAGGAAGUUAUAGGAGGUGGUUUUACUUUUGCAAGUGACUUGUUUUUAGAAACAAGAUAGAAAUAUGCAAACAGGUCUAGAGUCUUACUUCUUUAAAACCUUAGCUCAUUUUAAACCUGAAACCACUUCUGCCUUUGAUCGUUUUUAUUAUCUAUUUGCAGCAAACCAGCAGAGCUUCUUUAUUUUCUCCACAACUGAAACAACACAGCUUUAAGACACAUUUUGUUUAAAUUCUGAUCUGAUCUUCCAUUUUUAAAAUAUUUCCUCAGACUGUUCACAAUUAAUAAUUUCACCUUUUACUGUUGUGUAUGUAGUUUUAAACACAAUCUCUGAAAGAUUUUAAAGUCUAAAUUA